CCGGCCCGGCCCGCAGGGGGCGCUGUGCCGAGCUCGGCCAUCGGCACCUUUGUAACCGCCGCCGCUCCGCGCCUCACAGCGGAUUCAACCGAUAUAUCCAAUGAUUCUCCUUCAGUUCAGCACUCGGACUCUUAUAUCUCAGGUGGGGAAUUGUCUCAGAAAAACUUCAAAGUUGAAACUGACACGGAUUGAAAUGAAUCGUCCAAGUUCAGAUUUGGCUGAAUUUCGGGAAAUCUUUGCAAAGGCAAAGCACAUAACAAUACUAACUGGAGCUGGGGCCAGUGCAGAGAGUGGAGUCCCUACUUUCCGAGGAGCUGGGGGCUUAUGGAGAAAAUGGAAGGCUCAGGAGCUAGCUACCCCAGAAGCCUUUGGAAGAAAUCCUUCCAGGGUAUGGGAAUUCUACCACUACCGUCGUGAACUGAUGCUGAGCAAAAGCCCAAAUUCUGCACACAUUGCCAUAGCAGAGUGUGAAGCGAGAUUGAGCAAGCAAGGGCGAAAGGUUGUGGUUGUUACUCAGAACAUUGAUGACCUUCAUAAAAGGGCAGGUUCAAAAAAUGUCUUGGAAAUUCAUGGCAGUUUAUUCAAAACACGCUGCACAAACUGUAAUAAUGUUACGGAGAAUUACAAGAGUCCAAUAUGUCCAGAAUUAGCCGGAAAAGGUGCACCUGAUCCCAAUACUGAGGAUGCCAAAGUUCCAGUUGAGAAUCUUCCCAGGUGCAAGGAGUCCGGUUGCAAUGGUCUGCUUCGUCCACAUGUGGUAUGGUUUGGAGAGACCCUGGAUUCUGAUAUCUUGACGGAGGUGAACAAUGAGCUUGACAUCUGUGACCUCUGUCUUGUGGUUGGGACAUCAUCUGUCGUUUACCCAGCUGCCUUGUUUGGUCCCCAAGUAGCUGCCAGGGGUGUACCUGUAGCAGAAUUCAACACUGACAUCACAAAUGCUAGCAAAACGUUCACAUUUUAUUUUAAAGGUCGCUGUGGAAUAACGUUACCACCAGCGCUCGCCCGUCAUGAAAGUGAAGUCAUUUUUUAAAGGAACAUGUGCAAAUAUUCAUAUAAAACUCUCCCAAAACUACUGCUACUACAGUAACAAACUAUUCAUAGAUCAAAAGUGUGUUCUCAGCAAUUAUAAAAUAAAUUAUUGAUGUCAUAAUCAUGCUAAAGGCACCAAUGUCUUUUGUUUACAACUGAUUAUCAUGGUACUGCUUGUGAACUGCUUGUACAGGUUUAUAACGUUUUUGCUUAUAAAUCCAGUCAGAUAAAUCAUGUAAUUGUACAGAUCUCAUGAACUUAUCUAUGAAUAAAGUAAUGGAAAAUG